UAGUUUAGGUGGAAUCUGUGCAGUUAUGUGAUCUAUAACCAUUGAGUAACUAUACUUACUAGUAUAGUUACUCAAUGCUAUAACCGAACAAGUGCGUUUAUGAAACACAUGUAUAGUCAAGUAUGCGAUUAUUGUGUAUUUCGAAGGUGGCAUACAGCGCUGGAAAAGUCAACUUCCAGAGCGGGCGUUGUAAAAAUAACUAUAAAAUAGCAAUAAAAACUCAUUUACUGCCAUUACAAAACAGCUUUAUUGUAAAAUAUCGAUUACAUUAGAAGGAUGUGUUUGCAUUCAUCAGCAGUUUUACUGCAUAGUUCCUAAAGGAUCUGGUUGGGAUUCAUCGAGGCAAUGACUAAGGGUUUAUCUAAUUAUCUCAGCCUAUAAUUAUUCAUGGCCUAUUCCAAAUCUCUUACGUACUUAUUCGAGAGGGAUUGGACAUUGAUAUUCUGAAGACCAUAAAGUUGAGAAAGAGGAAUCAUUUAAAAUUUUAGCGUAUACGAGGUAAGCAUACGGUGCACGGAUCAAAUAGGGAUCAAAUCGUACGAGAUGGCGGUGAUUGGUUCGAUGAAAUGCCGACGGCCAAUGCCAUUCCUUCAGUAUCCUAGCGUGCAUAUGGCGUCAAGCCUUUCCCGCGUUGUUGUUAUUCCUCAAUUUUCUGUUAAUAAACAACGAACAGUGUUGAUUAAUUUAUUGCAUUGUGCUCUUGGUAUCUAUCAAUCUUUGCACAAUGUACAUAAAAUCUAUGGUCAUAGAUGGUUUUAAAUCGUACGGCAAACGCGUUGAAAUAGAUGGUUUCGAUAAGGAGUUUAAUGCUAUAACAGGACUCAACGGCAGUGGGAAAUCUAACGUCCUAGACGCGAUAUGUUUCGUUCUAGGAAUCACGAAUCUAGGACAGAUUCGAGCAAAUUCGCUACAAGAUUUGGUCUACAAAUCCGGUCAGGCAGGAGUUACAAUUGCUAGUGUCACGAUAAAGUUCGAUAAUCGUGAUCCUAGUGCAUCUCCAAUGGGGUACGAGGACUACCAAGAAAUAACGGUGACUCGUCAAGUGCAAAUAGGUGGUAAAAAUAAGUACCUGAUCAACGGUAAGACCGUACAAAACAAAAGAACCCAUGAUAUGUUUUGUUCUGUACAACUGAAUGUGAAUAAUCCACACUUCUUGAUAAUGCAAGGAAGGAUCACCAAAGUUUUAAAUAUGAAACCCCAUGAGAUUUUGUCUAUGAUAGAAGAAGCUGCAGGUACUAGUUUAUACGAGCAUAAAAGACAGUUCGCACUGAAGACUAUAGAGAAAAAAGAUACAAAGCUCAAAGAAAUUGCAACGAUAAUCAAAGAGGUGUUAGAGCCUCGACUAAGAAAACUCAAAGAUCAGAGAUCGCAGUAUCUCGAUUUCCAGAGAAUAGAGAGGGAGCUAGAACAGCGACAGAGGAUUUAUAUAGCUUGGAAAUAUGUAACGAUUUUGGAGAAGAUUACAAACACAAAAGCAGAGAUUGAGAAGAUUAAAGAUGCAAUGGCUAAGAAGACACAAUGCAUUACUAAUGGAGAGCAGGAAAUUGGUGAUAUUGAAAAAUCAAUUGUCCAGAUGCAGAAAGAUAGGGAGGCAGAAGAAACAGGUGAGUUGGAGCAGGUAGAGGCUGAAUUAAAAAAGGCAGAAAAGGAGGAGCAUAUGCUUAUGGCGGAAAUAAAUGGUAAUACAGAAAAUAUAGAUGCUGAGGAGAAGUUGAUUUCUCAAUUGAACACGAAUUUAAAAGAGGACGAGGCUGCAUUUCGGCUGAAGAAAAAGGAAUUUGAAAAUAUAGGAGAAUUAUUCAAAACUCUAAAGGAAAAGUGCGAGCAAGAUACCGCGGCAUAUCUUGCCGCUCAAGAACGUUAUGAAAAAGUUAGCUCUGGUUUACUACUCAGCAAAGAUGGAGAGAAUGCAACUUUGGAGCAGCAAUUAAUGACAGAAAAACAGAACCAUGCAAAAUCUCAAACAGAAGUAAAACAGUACGAAAUGACAAUAAAACAUAGCGAAGAACAGUUAGCAAAGAAGCAGACUGAUAUGCGGAGCACUGAUAAUCAAUAUAAACAGGACAACAGAAAUUUGGAGAACAUCGAACAGGAAUUGAAGAACCUUGAAAAUGAUCUGACAAAACUCAACUAUACCGAAGGGUCAAGUGAAAAUCUUCAAGAGGAGGCAAGGCUCUUAGCUGCAAAAGUGAGGGAACUCAAGGGACAUGUGGAUAACUUGGAGGCCAGGCAUCCGCAGCUGAGAUUUCGAUACCAAGAUCCAGAACCCAACUUCAACAGGGAAUUUGUCAAAGGUCUGGUCUGCAAAUUGCUUACAGUGAAAGAUCCAGGUGCUGCAUCUGCUCUCGAAGUUGCUGCUGGGGGCCGGCUUUUCAACGUGAUAGUGGAUACGGAAAGAACGAGUAAAAUCUUGCUGCAGAAGGGGCAAUUACAACAACGAGUGACAAUAAUACCGUUGAAUAAAAUAAGCAGUAAAUCAAUGGACCCAAGAACGAUAAAAUUGGCCCAGGAUAUAGGUGGGCAGGAAAAUGUACGCCCCGCAUUAUCACUCAUAGAUUUUUCCAAUGAGCUUACACCAGCGAUGAACUCAAUAUUCGGUCAAGUUUUUGUAUGCAAAGAUAUGGAGACCGCCAUGAAAGUAACUUUUCAUGAACGGAUAAUGAAAAAAUGCGUGACCUUAGACGGGGACGUUGUAGAUCCUGCAGGAACUCUCAGCGGAGGUGCUACCUCCAAGGCUGGGUCCUUACUGAUACAACUUGCUGAGCUCAAAGCCACACAAGAUAAGCUUACACGUGCACAGAAAAGUCUUGCAGAAAUUAAUCAAACCAUUGCCAAUAGCGCUGCGGCUGCAGCCAAGUUCCAGACUUUGAAACAACAGUUUGACCUCAAAAAUCAUGAGGUUGAAUUAGUGCGUAAAAGGUUGCAGCAAACUUCACACCACAAACUUCAAGAAGAGGUAGAAGUUCUGAAGUCUACGAUAAAGGAAAUGAAACAAGCUUUAGUAGAGGCAAAGCAGUUGGAAGCAGAAAGUGGAAAAUUUGCGAAAGAAAUUGAAGAGCAGUUGAAAGACUCGGCAAAUAUUCGUCAGCGGCAAUUAAAGACUGUUGAAGCGGAGAUGAAAGAAUUGAAAAAGAGGUCAACGAACAGUAAAGACCAGUGGCAAAAGCGUGAACAAGAAUCGGAGACACUGAAUCUGGAGAUCCAGGAAUUGGAGAGAGCCAUUGAGGCUGGUAAAGAACAGAUAAACACUGCGCAAGAAAAGCUUUGCGUUCUCAAAGAGUCAAAGGUUGCAUGUGACGAAAGUUUAAAGGCUACAAAACAUAAAGUGAAACAAGUACAAGCAGAUUUGAAAGCAAAGAAAGAAAUUAUUAAUAAAAAGAAUAAAGAAAUCCAAAAACUUUUGGCUAGGAAAGAAGAAAUCGCUAAGCAGAGAACAGAGUCCGAACUGGAAAUAAUGAAAUUAAAACAUGAAAUGGCCACUAUUGAAAGUAGUGCCACUGAUAGCCAGGCUAAGAUCAAAGAGUUAUUGAAAAAAUACGAUUGGAUCGAAAAAGAUAAGGCCUAUUUCGGGAAAUCAGGUGGUAUAUACGAUUUCGAAGCAAAUGCGCCAGCAGAAAUGGGCCACAGAAUAAAACAGCUGGAAAAUGAGCACGAUAAAUUGAGUCGUAAUAUAAAUAGUCGAGCUAUGGAUCUUCUGGGUAGAGAAGAAGAGGAGUUUAAUAGCCUUAUGAAAAAAAAAAAAAUCGUUGAAAGUGACAGAAGCAAAAUACUCGAGACGAUCAAAGAACUUGACAAAAGAAAGAAGGAAAUUUUGUCCGAGGCUUGUAAACAGGUGAACAAGGAUUUUGGAUCAAUAUUCAGCAGUCUUUUGCCCGGAGCAGAUGCUAAGCUUCAGCCACCAGAUAACAAAACAUUCCUAGAUGGAUUGGAAGUAAAAAUUGGGUUUUCUGGUAUCUGGAAAGAAUCUCUUAGUGAACUUUCCGGAGGUCAGAGGUCCCUGAUCGCCUUAUCGCUUAUAUUAGCUAUGUUGCGGUUUAAGCCCGCGCCUCUUUACAUCUUGGACGAGGUUGAUGCAGCCCUAGAUUUAUCGCAUACUCAAAAUAUAGGAACUAUGUUGAAGCGACACUUUACAAAAUCUCAGUUCAUAAUAGUAUCGUUGAAAGAUGGGAUGUUUAACAACGCAAACGUUUUAUUCAGAACUAAAUUUGUCGACGGAUUUUCAGCUGUUACAAAAACAGUUAACACAAACCGAAAGAAGUGAAGUCCACAACAUUAUAGAGUUUGAAAAAAGGAGAUAUCAGCAUCUGGUAUGCUGUGCUUAAGAAUAGGGAAUAACUAUUCAAAUCUCUUGGAGUCCCUGGUAAAUUAUUGAUAGACGAAUACUUAAAAGGUGGUCAAUUAAUUUCCUGAAUUUUUUUACGAGCAUAUUCUGCAGCGGCCCAUCUCAUGUAGGUAUAUUUUUUUAUUCGUAUAUAAGCAUUAGUCAUUUAAACUUGACUGGAUACGAAAUCUGAACGCGGUUUGUGAAAAUUAGGUUUCUAUUAUGCAGAAUGUUAUAAUAAAGAAAAGAAAAUUUAGCAGGAGAGAAAAUAAAUUAGAUAUAGCAGAAUAGUGGAUAAUGACUGUAAUGACUGGAGUUGUACAUUUUCAGGAAAAUAAAUCUCGUCUUUUCUAUUA